AUGUCUGCUAUCUUGAGAGCAUCUGCUUCGGCUAGAUUGGUGGCUAAUGCUGCUGGUCGUCGUGUUGGUGGACCUUCUUCGAUUCUUCGUAGAGGUGUUCAAACCUUUUCUGUCGAGUAUCCUAAGACCAAGACCACGACUCUUCCCAAUGGCUUGACCGUUGCUACCGAGUCGUCUCCUUUGGCCCAGACCGCCACUGUUGGUGUUUGGAUUGAUGCUGGAUCUCGUGCUGAACAUGAAUACAACAAUGGUACUGCUCAUUUCUUGGAACACUUGGCUUUCAAGGGUACUACCAGUCGUUCUCAACAGCAAUUGGAGUUGGAGAUUGAGAACUUGGGUGCUCACUUGAACGCUUACACUUCGCGUGAGAACACUGUUUUCUAUGCUAAGGCUUUGAAAGAUGAUGUCCCCAAAUCGGUUGAGAUUCUCUCUGAUAUUCUUCAAAACUCGAAGCUUGAGGAACAAGCUAUCGAGCGUGAAAGAGAUGUGAUCAUCCGUGAAUCAGAGGAGGUUGACAAGCAAUACGAAGAAGUUGUCUUCGACCAUUUACAUGCUGUUGCCUUCCAGGGUCAACCUUUAGGUAGAACCAUUCUCGGUCCUAGAGAAAACAUUUUGGAAAUCUCCAAGACCGAGCUUUCCAACUAUAUCAAGUACAACUACAAGGCUGACCGUAUGGUUUUGGCUGGUGCUGGUGCCGUUGACCACGACGCUCUUGUCAAAUUGGCUGAGAAGCACUUUGCUGGCCUUCCUACUUCUGGCAAGAUCUCUGCUCCUGGUACCGGAUCCAAGGCUGCCAAUGAUAUCCCCAAGUUUGUUGGUUCUGAGGUGCGUAUCCGUGACGAUACCUUGCCAGUUGCUCACAUUGCCAUUGCCGUUGAGGGUGUUUCAUGGUCCAGUCCCGAUUACUACACUGCCCUUGUUGCCCAAGCUAUCAUUGGUAACUGGGACCGUGCUCAAGGUUCGGCUUUCAACCAAUCGUCCAAGUUGAGUGCCAUUGUUUCGCAAAACCACUUGGCCAACUCAUACCUUUCUUUCUCGACCUCGUACUCAGAUACCGGUUUGUGGGGUAUCUACUUGACCACCGAGAACAAGACCCAAAUCGACGACUUGGUCCACUUUACUCUUAAGGAAUGGAACCGAUUAUCCAUCUCAGUCAGUGACGCCGAGGUUGAGAGAGCCAAGUCCCAACUCAAGGCCUCUCUAUUGCUGUCAUUAGACUCGACCACUGCCGUUGCCGAGGACAUCGGCCGCCAAAUCAUCACCACCGGCCGCCGCCAAUCUCCUCAAGAGGUCGAGCGCAACGUGUCCAAGGUCACCGUCAACGACGUCAAGCAAUGGGCCCAAAAGUACUUGUACGACAAGGACAUCGCCAUCGCCGCCCUCGGCCCCAUCGAAGGCUUGCUCGACUACCAAAGAAUCAGAAACGACAUGAGCAUGAUGAGAUGGUAA